CUCCACUUCAUUCAUUCAAUCACACACACACAAUCGAUCACAAUUCAAUUAUUACAACAGCAAAAUAAUCAUUUAAUUACAGCAGUAAAUUUCAAUCUAUUUAACUUUUCAUGAUCGAACCGUUACGCGAUUAAUUGAUCGGUUAAUUUAGUCAAUUUUAGGUCUUACUUAUUGUUUGAUUAAUUCGAUGGCGGAUGGAGAUGAAAACGACGCCGUUUUGAGUGACGUGGACGAAGAAGAUAGUCCUCCGGUACCGAUUGUGAUCGGAAGUGGCACGGCGUCGGUGGCGGCGGAGGUGGAGAGGCUUGCGGCGGAGGUGGAGCGGGAACGGCAAGCGAGAGAGGAGGUCGAGAAGUCGAAAUCGGAGUUGCAGGUGAAGCUUGAUAGAUUGAAAGGUUGGGCGCAUGAGAUGAUUAAGAAGAAAGAUGAAGUUUCGAAAUCGAACGAGAAGUUGACGGCGGAUUUCGAUGAGGUUGUGAAGGAAAGAGAUGAGUUAUUGAAGGAAAGGGAGGAAUUUGGGAAAAAAAUAGAGGAAAUAAUGAAGGUUAAGGAUUCGUGUAGGUCGGAAAUCGAAAAUGCUGCACAGAUGUUGGUUACUGGAAUUGAUAAGAUUUCGGGGAAGGUUAGUAGUUAUAAGAAUUUUAUGGCUGGUGGAUUGCCGAGGUCGCAGAAGUAUACUGGAUUGCCUGCAGUUGCGUAUGGAGUGAUUAAAAGGACGAAUGAGAUCGUUGAGGAGCUUGUUAGGCAGAUUGAGUUGACUGCCAAGGGUAGAAAUGAGGCUAGGGAGCAAAUGGAACAACGGAAUUAUGAGAUUGCGAUUGAGGUGUCGGAGCUUGAAGCUACGAUUGGUGGGCUUAGAGAUGAGGUGGGGAAGAAAGCGUCUGUUGUUGAAGAGUUGGAAAAAUCGAUGGAGGAGAAAGAUGGGAUGGUUGUGGCAUUGGAAAGGGAGUUGAAGGAGAAGCAGGAUUUAGUGAGUGAGUAUGGGGAUAAGUUGAGGGUUUUGGAGUCACGGAUGGAUUCUCAAAGGCCAUUACUUGUUGAUCAGUUAAGUUAUGUAUCUAAGAUUCAUGAUCGGAUAUGUUGUGUGAUUAAGAUAAUUGACGGUGAUAAGAAAGAGCAGUCGGAUUUAUCAGAUUCUAUGUUUCUUCCGCAAGAAACGGAUCUGGAGGAGAAUAUUCGUGCUUCUUUAGCUGGGUUGGAGACAAUUAAUGAAUUGAGUGUAAUGGUUAUGGAGAAAACAAGGGAUUUGGUUGUCGAGAGAAGUCGUGAAGUUAAAAAUCUGAACGAAUCAGUCACUCAGUUAGUAAAGGAGAAAGAGCAUAUUGGGUCGUUACUCAGGAGUGCUUUGACAAGAAGAAUGUCGGCUGAUCUAUCUUCAAAGACCAAUGAGCUGUUUAAAGUAGCAGAGAAUGGAUUAAGAGAAUCUGGGAUAAAUUAUGAGUUUAGCAAGCAUACAGGGGAUGAAAAAGUUACAGGUUCGAGUAACAAGGAUGGUAAUGUGGAAUCAGAGGAUGAUGAAAUAUAUACUUUGGCUGGUGCUCUUGAAAACAUCAUAAAACAGUCUCAGCUUGAGAUAAUUGAACUGCAGCAUACUGUUGAUGAACUAAGGGCGGAGUCAAGUUUACUCAAGGAACAUGUUGAAGCCCAAGCUAAGGAGCUUUUGCAAAAGAAACAACAGGUAGAGGAACUCGAAGAAAAGGAAAGAGUGGCUAAUGAAAACGUUGAAGGGCUUAUGAUGGACAUUGCUGCAGCUGAAGAGGAGAUCACAAGAUGGAAAGUGGCUGCACAACAAGAAGCUGCAGCAGGCAAAGCUGUGGAACAAGAGUAUAUAGCACAGGUAUCAACCAUACGCCAAGAACUGGAAGAAGCAAAACAGGCUGUGAUAGAAUCAGAAAAAAAGCUGAAAUUCAAAGAGGAAACUGCUGCGGCUGCCAUGGCUGCUAGAGACGCAGCUGAGUCAUCAUUGAAAUUGGCAGACACGAGGGCUAGUCGUUUGAGGGAAAGAGUGGAAGAGUUGACUAGUCAACUUGAACAACUCGACUCACGGAAAAUCUUGAGCAACAGAAACCGGCCUCGAUACAUGUGCUGGCCUUGGCAAUUGCUUGGUCUGGAUCCUAUAGGACCCCGCCAGCCAGACACACAUCCAAGUAGUUCUAAUGAAAUGGAGCUUUCUGAACCUCUUCUCUAAUAUAGUUUGUGCUUCUGGUCUUUUUUUUGGGGGGUGAAUCGUGUAAAAAUGGUAACAUAGGUUGGUUCCUUCUCUAUUUAGGGGAAUAUUGUCUACCUAAAAAAAGGACCUAACAUACAUGUUCGUGUUAAAAAUGAUCCGACUUUCAAAAUUUUGGAUUCGGAUUUGGGAAUGCUUACAUGGUUAAAUAUGACGGACGACGUGGCAUGUCGAUGGUUUUGAAAUUUUGACCAUGUCGACUCUUUUUUUAUGGUGUUAAAAGCCUAUUUACUUGGAAGGUUAACUCGCAUGUAAACCAUUUGAAAGCGGAAUCCUUUUUAUAUGUAAAGAAUGACAUAUUCCCCUGCAUAGAACUGGCCAAAAUAUGCUGUUUAUCAACCACAAUUCACCCUCUAUUUCUCCAUACACUAAAAAUGAUAGAGUUUUACAAAUUUUCAGAGGCUUCCUUGUAGACAGUAUUUACUGUUGUGAAUUUAUUGUACAGUAUACAAAAAGUCGAAUGUUGAAUAGUACUGGUUUUGUGACCAGAUUUCAGACAGAAGUGUGUGAUUUUAGGUGUUUUUCUCUGUAUCAAAGAUAACAUCUCAUAUAACACCAUUUGUAAAUGACUUGGAAUUGAAUCAACUUAUAUGAAGUUAUUUGUGCCUGUGUUA